CUCUGCUGUGCAGCCUCAGACGCGGGCUGCGUGCGUGCAGAGGGAGCGGGCUCCAGGUGCCGAGCGCCGGCGAUCCCCAGGGCAAGGCGGCACCCGGGGCCGGCCACGGCGACAUCCACCUGGAGGCUCUUCCCAUCACGCACAGCUCUGAGGUCGCCUAGCUCUUGAUUGAAAACUCAGGAGGGGGAAUGCCAGCCCCUAGCAUGGACUGUGAUGUUUCCACUCUGGUUGCCUGUGUGGUGGAUGUCGAGGUCUUUACCAAUCAGGAGGUUAAGGAAAAAUUUGAGGGUCUGUUUCGGACUUACGAUGACUGCGUGACGUUCCAGCUGUUCAAGAGUUUCAGACGUGUCCGAAUAAACUUCAGCAAUCCCAAAUCUGCAGCCCGAGCCAGGAUAGAGCUUCAUGAAACCCAGUUCCGAGGGAAAAAAUUAAAACUCUACUUUGCACAGGUUCAGACUCCAGAGACAGACGGUGACAAGCUGCAUUUGGCGCCGCCGCAGCCCGCCAAACAAUUCCUCAUCUCACCCCCGGCAUCUCCUCCCGUUGGCUGGCAGCCCAUCAGCGAUGCCACGCCAGUGCUCAACUACGACCUCCUCUAUGCCGUGGCCAAACUAGGACCAGGAGAGAAGUACGAGCUCCAUGCGGGAACUGAGUCCACCCCGAGUGUCGUCGUGCACGUGUGCGACAGUGACAUAGAGGAAGAAGAGGAGCCAAAGACUUCCCCAAAGCCAAAAAUCAUCCAGACCCGGCGUCCCGGCCUGCCACCCUCCGUGUCCAACUGAGCUCACCGCUCCGCCUCAGCGAUAAUAUCUGUCUCCUCUUUAUCAUGCUUUUUUCCCCCUCUGUUGUUCGUUUGUCGGAAAAAAAAAAUAAUUGCCUUUCAA